CGGGUCAACUUUCAAAGGGUUUGCUCAAUCUCCACAGUAACCCCAAUAUGUGGUAGCAGGACCCUUUCCGCUUUAAUCAAUUUGGGAAGCCUCUUCUCACUUCUCACUUUUCACUUCUCACUCUCACUAGCCAGCUUUAAUACACUAGCCAGCUUUCGAAAUCUCGAGUGGGUUUCCUCUUCCAUGGCUUCUUCAGUGCUGAGCGGAGCCGAACUCAAACUUGCAGUUGCCAUUUCCCCAACCGGGUCAUCUUUUCUUGGCUCCGAUGUCCAUGGCAAGUCCUUUCCCAGUAGGGUUCCAUUCUCCUACCAUAGGAGUUCGAAUUUCAAAUCGUUGGCACCCAAAUGCAGUUUAUCUGCCUCGAGGCCCGCUUCUCAGCCCAGGUUCAUCCAGCACAAGAAAGAGGCGUUCUGGUUCUACAGGUUUUUGUCCAUAGUCUAUGAUCAUGUGAUAAACCCUGGGCAUUGGACGGAAGAUAUGCGGGAUGAGGCGCUGGAGCCGGCUGAUCUUUUUGAUCGGAAUUUGAGGGUGGUGGAUGUGGGUGGGGGCACUGGCUUCACCACUCUCGGCAUAGUAAAGCAUGUUGAUGCUAAGAACGUGACAAUUCUUGAUCAGUCGCCUCAUCAGCUUGCCAAGGCCAAACAGAAGGAGGCUCUGAAAGAGUGCACUAUAAUGGAGGGUGAUGCAGAGGAUCUUCCUUUUCCAACUGAUUAUGCUGAUAGAUAUAUCUCUGCUGGGAGUAUUGAGUACUGGCCAGAUCCCCAGCGUGGCAUCAAGGAAGCAUACAGAGUACUUAAGAUUGGAGGAAAAGCCUGCUUAAUUGGUCCUGUGUACCCAACCUUUUGGUUGUCUCGUUUUUUCUCUGAUGUGUGGAUGCUUUUUCCAAAAGAGGAAGAGUACAUUGAGUGGUUUCAAAAGGCUGGUUUCAAAGAUGUUCAACUGAAAAGGAUUGGUCCACAAUGGUAUCGUGGCGUUCGCCGGCAUGGCUUGAUCAUGGGCUGCUCUGUGACAGGUGUGAAGCCAUUAUCAGGGGACUCCCCACUGCAGCUUGGUCCGAAGGCAGAGGAUGUGAGUAAGCCUGUGAAUCCAUUUAUGUUUCUGUUGCGGUUCAUUCUUGGCGCAACGGCAGCAACCUACUUUGUGCUAGUGCCUAUCUACAUGUGGCUCAAGGAUCAAAUUGUCCCAAAGGAUAUGCCUAUCUGAGGACAAGAGAUUUGGAGAAGCCAUGGUUACCGCAAUUUCGUGCUAUCUUUACUGGACUCAGAUCUUCGUGCUUGUAAAAGCAAGCUGGUGUUCUCUAGCUCCCCAAGUAAGCUUUUAUCCAAGUAGAUUGACAAGCUUGUAGAAAAUGCCUGCUAGAAAUGGUUUUAAGACUCAAAUGUUUGUACAAAAGUAGAUGCUUUCCUGAAUGUUAUCACCAGCAUCUCUCUAUAAGCAUUUGCGUUUCCUGAAUGGGAUAAACUCUUUCCAGUGAUCUUA